CCCUCGCGCGCAGCGUUCCCGCGUUCCUCAGGGGCAGGGGUUUGGCGCAUCAUGGCGGCCUCCGGGCCGCAGUCCUCUGCCUCCGAGCAAGCCUGGCUUGAGGCUGCGAAGACGUUUAUUCAACAGACCCUCUGUCCAUCUGGCAAGGAGCCUAAUAACCAGUUGACUCAGUCAGUAAUUGAUUGUGUCAAGAUGAUAUGGUUGACCAAGGGGGAGAACCAGGGUUUUAUACUGCCCCUCAGCUACAGUUUUGUCUCAGUACAGACUCUCAAGACCCACCAGCAUCUCCCAUGCUGCAGCCACCUGUCCUGGAGUAGUAAUGUGUAUCAGGCUUGGGUCCAAAGAGCUGGGCCAAAUGGAAAUGCCCUUCCCCGGGAGGAGCUGUUACUUUUAGGGACAUUAACAGAUCUGUCAGAGGACUUGGAACAAGAGUACAGGAGUGGAAACCUGUAUGUGAAAGAUAACACUGGAAUCUUGGACUGUGAGCUUAUAGAUCUAGAUCUUUCUUGGUUGGGUCAUCUCUUCCUGUUCCCCAGUUGGAGUUACCUCCCUCCUGCCAAAUGGAAUUCCUCAGGGAAAGGGCACUUGGAGCUCUGGGGUGCCCCUGUGCCAGUGUUUCCUUUGACCAUCAAUCCUGGCCCUCUCACACCUAUCUCUGUUCUCUACCCAGAAAAGGCAUCCCUCCUGCUCAGACUCAGAAAGAAGCACAAAGUUUCAGAGUCAAAUCUGGCUGGGAAGCUUGUUCGACUGAGUGCUUUGGUGAUAAGUCAGAACAAAGGCUACUUCAUUCUGACUCUAGGUGAAUUAUCCCCAGCAGACAGCCAGGUUGGCAGCCAGGUGUCCAUCAUUGUGCAGAUUCCUGCCCAGAUGGUGUGGCACCGAGUCCUUCGACCUGGUAGAUCCUAUGUGCUGACAAGACUUCGAAUAACCAAGACCCGUAGUCACCAUUACUAUAUUUGGACAACCAUUCCAUCCUCGGAUCUGAUGCUGCUGAGACCAGACUGUGUGCAAGAGCUGGAACUUGAAAGAUGGUUCUUGGAAGCUGACCUCAGACCACUUCCUCCACCCACCCUUACUGAGUCCCAGGACAGGAUGGGGCAAGAAGAUCUUGUCCGGGAUUCCAGAGUCUUACAUUAUUCGGGAACUGUCACUGAUGUGUUGAAUGAGUCCGCCUGCCUCUACAUUCUGGAUGGGCAGCUGAUCCUCUGCCUUGCAUACCAGCAGAUCCAUGACCUCAGGCGGGUGAUUCGACCAGGGGUUUGUCUAGAGCUCCGGGAUGUUCACCUCCUCCAGUCAGUGGGUGGAAGAGGAUCAAGACCAGUUCUAGCUCUUUGUCUUCAUGGCACCAUUCUGCUUCGAGGCUUUUCUCAUCAGAAACCUGAGACUCUGUCACCCUUUCAAAUUCAUGGAGCCUCCUUGUAUGAACAACUUGUGUGGGAAUAUCAGUUAGGUCUUCCCCUCUAUCUGUGGGCUACCAAGGCCUUGGAGGAACUGGCUUGCAAGCUAUGUCCUCACGUGCUGAGAUACCACCAAUUCCUAAAGCAUUCCUCUCCUGGGAAGCCCAGCCUGGGACUGCAGCUCCUGGCUCCCUUCCCAGCUGUUCUUAAAACAGCCUGCAUUCGGCAUGCACACAGUGAGAUCCUGGAAGAGCCACAUCACUGUCCUCUUCAGAAAUAUGCUCAGAAGCAGAUUCCGUAUACUUUCCCUACCCUGUUUACCCUGGCAAAGGAAGGGCAGCGCAGGGCUUGGGCUACCUUUGACCCGAAGGCCCUUCUACCUCUCCCAGAGGCUGCUUACCUGACCAGCUCCCAGCUGAAUCGCCACCUGGGGUGGUCCUGGCUCUCUGUUCUGCCCUCUACCUUCCAGCCAGCCCAGGUUUUACUUGGGGUUCUGGUGGCUUCAUCUCAUAAAGGUUAUCUGCAACUUCGGGACCUGACUGCUUCAUUGCCCUGUCUGCCCUUGACCAAGAAUUCGCAACCCCUCGCUGACCCAAGGCUCAUUGGUGUGAAGUUCAGAGAUGGAAAGAUAGUGAUGCUAGGGGGUUGCCUGGUGCGGGCAGAGAAGUUCCAGUUGGUCAUAGAGAGGGAAGUCAGGAGCAACUUCCCUUCCUGGAAGGAGUUGGGUAUGGCAGACUUCAUCCAGAAAAAGCAAGCCAGAGUCUAUAUCCAGUUCUUCCUGUCUGAUGCCCUGAUCCUGCCUGUGCCCAGACCAUCCAUUGAUUCAGUCAUUCUCUCAUCAUCUCCUCAGUCAGACCCCUCCUGCCCAGAGGAAUCCCAUUUGGGACAGAGCCGGCUAUUCUUACUGUCCCACAAAGAGGCUCUCAUGAAGCGUAAUUUUUGUGCCCCCUCAGGAGCUAGUUCAGAGCUUCCAGACCCCACCCUGAGUUUUCACGUGUCAGGGAGUUGGCUUUGUGGUACCCAGAGGAAGGAGGGGUCUGGAUGGGGGCCACCUGAACCUCUGGGAGUUGAGAACAAGGAUCAAAAGGUCUUCCUCAUCUUCCUUGGCCCUUCAGUCCGCUGGUUUGCAUUGUUACACCCAGGCAAAGUGUACCGACUUGUGGCUCCUGGCCCCUCACAGACUCCAGUGUUGUUCAAGGCAGAGAGUUCAUCUGGCACAUCUCAGCGUCCUCUGGAAUUGGCUGGUUGUGUGUCCUGCCUCACUAUUCAAGAUGAAUGGACCCUGGAACUUGGGCGCUCUCAGGACAUACCUGAUGUUCUAGAGAUAUCCAGGGCACUGCCCGAGUCCUCACUGACCCACUUGCUCAGUGACAACUUCCCUGAUUCCUUAGUAUCUUUCUCUGCUGAGAUUUUGUCACGGAGAAUAUGUGAACCACCUCUGGCCCGUCGCCGGAUACAGCCUGGGAAUGCUGGGACUGUUAAAGCAUGUGUGAAGCUAACAGUAGCUCUAGAGAUGGCUGACUGUGAAUUCCCCCCUCACCUGGAUAUAUAUAUCGAAGACCCACACUUGCCUCCCCCAAUAGGACUCCUUCCAGGGGCCCGAGUCUACUUUAGCCAGCUGGAGAAAAAGAUUUCCAGAUCCAACAAUGUUUACUGUUGUUUCCGCUCGUCCACUUCUAUGCAAGUCCUUAGUUUUCCCCUGGAGUCCACAAUCAGGGACCCCCUGCCCCAUAUCUACCUGGCCGAACUUCUCCAGCGUGGUUGGGCUCCGCUCCAGGCCACUACCUCUUGCCAUGUUGUUUUUGUCUUCAGUCUUCAGAUCCUAUGGGUGUGUACAUACUGUACCAGCAUCUGUCCCCAGGGGAGGUGUAGUCGUCAGGAUCUCACUUGUCCAGCUCAGGUGGCUAUAAGCCAGGCCAGCAUCAGGCUCCUGGUAGAAGAUGGAACUGCAGAAGCCACAGUGACCUGUAGGAAUCAUCUUGUGGCAGCAGCACUAGGGCUGGGUCCUAGUGAAUGGACCUCUGUCCUAGAGUAUGCCCGAGGACCAGGGAAAGUGGCCUUGCAAUUUAGAGGGCCUGGAGCCCAGCCAGAGUCUCCAGGCAAGAUCCAUGAGCCCUUGGCCCUCUUCCUCUGGACACUUUGUACCAGCCCCUCCGUCAUCCGACCUAUUAUGCUUUCUUUUGAGCUUGAGAGAAGAUCCUCUGAUGUUACCCCACUAGAACCAUCUCGGCUACAGCAGUUCCAGUCUGGAGAGUUCCCUCUACUGACUCGGGUGAAUCCCAGGCUUCGGCUAGUCUGCCUUUCUAUCCAAGAACCAGAACACCCCAGCUCUCUGGAAGCUUUUGCUUCCUCUUUUUAAUCUGAACUGCUGAGGGUGGCCUGCAAGUUCUUCCUGCCUUACCUUCAGAAACUUUGAGGACUGGCUCCUACCUCUUUCCCCAGUUUGGGGGCCCUACUUGCUCCCUGAUUGAACCAGGACCCCGACCCUUGGAGUCAAAAACUACUGGCCCACUGUAAUUUCUAAUUAUUAUAGGCUAGCCUGCCUUGGGGACAAUAUGGGGACAGCAAAUCACACUGUGAUGUUGGGUUUUCCUCAGGUCGAUGUUAGGGCAUCUAUACUCACAGGUGGUCCUAAGUACCUGGGUCCUGCCUUGUGGCAGAAGCCAAAAGAACAAAAAACUUAUCACUUUCGAGGGUGUUGGUGACACCUUUUGGCCUAUAAUAAACCUGUCUGAGGACUUUCUGACCUAUGCUCA